AUGGCAUCCUCAGCGGCAUCACAGACGUUAUUGCAACGUUUUAUUAAUUCUCCCACCGGUCCCAAGACCAUUCAUUUUUGGGCACCCGCUAUGAAAUGGGGAUUGGUGUUUGCAGGAAUAGGUGACUUUACUCGUCCGGCUGAUAAAUUGAGCUUACCACAGAAUGUCUCACUCAUGAUGACAGGCGCGAUAUGGAGUCGUUGGUCGAUGGUCAUCAUUCCCAAGAAUUGGUCGCUACUUGCUGUUAAUGCGUUUUUGGCCGCCACGGGUGCUACGCAAGUUGUACGAAUAUUAAAGUACCAGCAAACUGAAGAGUAUCGGCAAAAACAAGCUUCUGACCAGGCCGUAUAA